AUGAAAAACUGUUCAAUUCUAACGAUUGCUGCGAGUGUUUUGGUGGGUGGAGUUCGUGCAGCUCCUGAAUUGGCGAGGAAAGCGAUUCAUUAUACUCGCUCAUCGGAUUUGAGAUCUUCUUAUGAUUAUAUCAUUGCUGGUGGUGGGACGGCUGGGCUGACGGUUGCCGAUCGAUUGACCGAGAGUGGAAGAUAUUCCGUUUUAGUCGUUGAAUAUGGGUACUUUUCAGACAUCCCAUCAUCUGUUUUGGACCCACUUAACCCAAUUGAUGCCUCUCCGGAUUCUUUGAUGUACAAUAUCACCUCGGUUGGAACCGUCAAGCAAUUUAGCUGCACCUUCUUUCCUCCAGAACCUCAACUUGCAGCAGACUUUGAGAUAAAAUAUGAUAUCGAAAGUGCGUGGGGAGGCACUGGCCCUGUUUUAGCGAGUUAUGGUCAUUAUCAGUAUCCUCUAACCAAGGUUCUACUAGAUGGCUGGAGAACACUACCGGGAGUUGAAUACCCUGCAGAUGGUUCCGAAGGUAAAGCUGGUGUGUUGUGGAUUCCCUCUUCUCAAGACCCAAAAACUCAAACCCGUUCUUAUGCCCGUACCGCACAUUAUGACCGAGUACAGCCGCGCAAGAAUUAUGCGAUAAUCACUGGCCAUAAAGUGGACAAAAUAAACUUUGCUCGAGAUCGAAGAUCAUUAACCGCAAUCAGUGUGAAAGUCUCCGCCAGAGGAGAUAAUUCCUCAGUGUCGACUAUCACUGCUAGGAAAGAGAUAAUUCUUGCCGCAGGAGCAAUUCACACGCCUCAGAUUCUGCAGCGUAGUGGUGUUGGGCCACAAUCUGUUCUGAAAGCUGCCAAAAUACCAAUGGUUCUUGACCUGCCUGGAGUUGGAGCAAACUUCCAAGAUCACUCAUGGUUUGCAAUGGGAAUUCAAUUCCAAACCCCAGUUCUUCCUGACCGCCAAUCUUUAGUCAAUAACAAGACAUUUGCUGAAUGGGCGUUGAAAUUAUGGCAGACCAACAUGACAGGCCCAUAUUCCAUUCGAGGCGGUGGUGGUGCUCUUGCACAAUUGGGGCUCCCCGUCAUAGCUCCAGAUGUAUUUUCAUCCAUUGCAUCCGACAUCGAAAGUCAAGACGCAGCCAGCCUCUUGCCAACUAACGUAGACUCGACAAUUGUCGCUGGAUACCGAUCUCAACUCAAACUCAUGGCAAAAGCAGCACGAUCUAAGAACACGGCUUGGCUUCAAAUGGGACUCGGUGGAAAUCCAUUUGGAAGUCCAGAUCAGUGGGUUUUCAACAUCCAUCCGUUGAGCAGAGGAACAGUAAAUGUUGACCCUGCGGAUCCAAACGGCGAACCACUUGUCGAUUAUCGUAUGUUGUCAAAUCCAGUUGAUCUUCGCGUGGCCAUCGCCCUCUUCCGCGCGGUGAGAAACUUCUUUAACAGCCGAGGUGAAGUGAAAAGACUUUCUCCACUUGAAACAAAGCCAGGAGUCAAUAUUACUUCGGAUGCAGACAUUGCAAAGUAUCUCUUGACAACACUUAAUCCAAGUCAAUAUCACCCCGUCGGAACUGCUGCUAUGUUACCCCUGAGACUAGGUGGUGUGGUGGAUGAUGAGCUGAAAGUGUAUGGUGUGGAUGGGUUAAGUGUUGUUGAUGCCAGUAUUAUUCCAUUGAUUCCUGGGGGGACGACACAAUCGACAGUCUAUGCUAUUGGGGAGAAGGCUUCAGAUCUGAUUAAAGCAAGAGCUUGA